AUGGCAAUCGUCUCAUUGGACUCGCUUGGCACAGCAAAAGUAGAUGGUGGUAUUAGUGCAUAUCCGUGUGGUUCUCCUGAACCAUUUCAGGAUUACCUAGUGACCCUCGUGAUGCAAGGCGUGUCAUUCUCAUGUCUGAAUUGCCCGUCGCACGGCGGCUUGAAACCACUAAAAGACAUACCAAUAGUUCGCAAAGAAGCCGAGGAUGAUCCGACGCACAUUACUUCCAGAAGAUGCCGAACUGCACCCCUCCUGAGGAAAGCGCAUGCCAGCCUGAUCUUGAUACCUCCACAAAACACCCGCCAGCGUCAGCAGGUAGCCUGA